CCGGGGCGGGGCGGGCGCGGCGCGGGGCGGCGGUCACGUAGCUCAGGUUCCCGGGCUGCAGCCGCGGCGCGUGCGAGCCUCGGAAUAUUCUCUGUCCGGGCGUCCGUCCGUCCGUCCGCUCGCGCGCCCGCCCGCCAUCAUGCCGAUGUUCGUGGUGAACACCAACGUGCCCCGCGCCUCCGUGCCGGACGGGCUCCUCUCCGAGCUCACCCAGCAGCUGGCGCAGGCCACCGGCAAGCCGGCCCAGUACAUCGCGGUGCACGUGGUCCCGGACCAGGUCAUGGCCUUCGGCGGCUCCACCGAGCCGUGCGCGCUCUGCAGCCUGCACAGCAUCGGCAAGAUCGGCGGCCCGCAAAACCGCGCCUACAGCAAGCUGCUGUGCGGGCUCCUGGCCGAGCGCCUGCGCGUCAGCCCCGACAGGAUCUACAUCAACUACUACGACAUGAACGCGGCCAACGUGGGCUGGAACGGCUCCACCUUCGCCUGAGGGCGCCGACGGCCACGGCGUGCGCGCCCCCCAGCACCUCCACCCCCAUCCCCCGGCCCCCACGUCUCCCGUCGGGAGAAAUAAACGGUUCCGAGACCACG